AUGUUGUCAUCCCAGUUGGUUCAUGUCCUUGCCACAGCAAUUGCCUUGCUGGUAACAGGGCAUGCUCUGGAAACCUGUGUAGGUCUCCAAGGUCCUCCCGGAAGAAAUGGACUCCCCGGUCUACCAGGGCCACAAGGCAAACAAGGAGAGAAGGGAUCUCCUGGGAAAACAGGUCUGCCUGCAGCUCAGGAUGUUAAAUUACAAAACAACCUCAAGGAACUCCAACACAGAAUCACCAAAUUGGAAAGAGCCUUGGCUUUGAACGGAAAGGUUGCAAUAGCUGGCAAUAAACUGUUUGCCACUACUGAGAAGACAGCUGAUUUUGACAACACAGUAAGAAUAUGCAAAGCUGCUCAUGGCAGCAUUGCAACUCCAGAGAACAGGAAAGAGAAUGAUGCGAUUAUGAGCUUCGUGAAAGAAUUUGAUACAUAUGCUUAUCUGGGUAUCACUGAGGGCCAUGUUCCUGGGGAAUUCCAGUUCCUGAAUGGGACAUCCCUGAAUUUUACAAACUGGUAUGUGGAUGAGCCGAAGGGCAAAGGAGCAGAGAAAUGUGUGGAAAUGUACAGUGAUGGCACCUGGAAUGACAAACUCUGUAAUAAGUACCGCCUCACGAUCUGCGAGUUUUAA